GGUUGGCAGGGGGACAAACGCCCCUGUAUGAGUGUUACCUCCGAAGUUUCCUUCGACCGUAGGUCCGUAGUGCAUGUGAGGUUUCAAAACUUUCAAAUUUGAAUCCGAAUAGCUUGAUUCUCUAAUCUUCACUUUGACACUUUUUCCCAGUCAUAAGCUCCUUGUCGCUUCCUCCCAAAGCAAGAUCGACCUCACCUUUAUAUUCAUCUUUCUUUUGCAAUUCUAUGGCCACUAAUCAUAGCCUUUUAAGAGUGGCGAUCGAGGUGUAAACAGGGAGAGAGAGAGAGAAAGAAGGCGAAGAUGUCGGAUUGGGGGCCGGUGUUCGUUGCGGUGGUGCUCUUCAUCGUGCUCACGCCGGGGUUGCUCAUUCAGGUACCAGGAAAGCACCGAUUUAUAGAAUUCGGCAGCUUCCAGACAAGUGCGAUUUCCAUACUGAUUCAUUCCAUCCUCUACUUUGCACUCAUAUGCAUCUUCUUGUUAGCUGUUGGAGUCCACAUGUACAUGGGCUCGUAGCCCCCACAUCUACAAGUUCCCAAGUUCCUACGAUUGGUGUGUGCUCUUCUGUUUGAUAUAAUGUGUCUGAAAUCAAAUUAUUUGUACUGCAGGUUUACGAUUUCUCUGUCGAUUUCACCUAUUAAUGGAAAAUGGUUUGUUUCUGA